UCAAGUGUCACAAGAAAUAUUGACUCCCUACAUUACAUUUAUCUUUCUCUCAGAUGCCCAGUUCCACGUGGCGGCCUGUCCUCCAUUGCUUUAUUUCUUUCCUUGCCCUUCUUCCCAGUAUCUUUUCCAUCCCCAACUAACCUUCAUUCUCCUCAGCUCUGAUCUCCAUCACCUUAUAGGCUCUCCCUCAUCAUUGAUUGUGUGAAUCGAAGUGGAAGCCCUAUCUAUCAUCUCUCUCAUCUCAUCUAGCUUAGCUUGGGCUAAGUAAUUAGAGACCAAAACCCCCCAACUUUUCUGCUACUCGAUCAGAUCAGAUCAUAAUAUGAUGGGGAAGAAAGCAUGAGAUCGAUCGAGACAUAUAUAUAAGAUGAUUACAACAGAAGUAGAUUUUUCUGCGACAACAAAACCGGAGGGGACGAACACUACAACAAGCGACCAUAGAAAUGUGAAUCUUAAGGUUGUUCCUGCUGCUACUCCAACUCCGACAUCAUCGUGGACGAGGCUGAAGGAUCCGAGGAUUGUUCGCGUGUCGCGGGCGUUCGGGGGGAAAGAUCGGCACAGCAAAGUGUGCACCGUGCGAGGAUUAAGAGACCGGCGAGUGAGGCUUUCGGUGCCCACUGCUAUACAAUUGUACGACCUCCAAGACCGGCUAGGGCUAAAUCAACCCAGUAAAGUUGUUGAUUGGUUGCUUAACGCCGCCAAGAAUGAAAUUGACGAAUUGCCUCCCCUUCAGUUGCCUCCCACUGGAAUUUUCAAUCCCAAUCUUCAACAAUGGCUUUGUUCCGCCAAAGAAGGGCUUCCCCUCGAGCCAAGAGACCACAAGUCGUCUAAGGAGAUAGCAGAAGGCGGUGAUGAUGAGAGUCAUCAUGAGAUUGAUCAUAAUAAUUUGUUGCCCAGAUCGCAUAACUCUUCUUCUUCUUCUUCUUCGCAGCCGAAUUUGAUGAUGGGUAAUGCGGCGCAGUUUAAUUCUUUCCUGAGAUGGGAUCCCGCCUCGAGCUUGUCGUUAUCUCAUCAUCAGGGAGGUGUUUCGGAAGAUUUUCACAACUUCAAUAAUAAUGUUUUGCCGUCUGGAUUGGGGCAUUCGUUUUUCCACCCACAAAGCAUUGGCGGCGGCAGCGGCGACAGGCAAAUGAACUUCCAGAUGCUUCGACCGCCGCCUCCCAUUCACGACUUCACAACCCAUUCUCUCAGGCCGUUGCGUUUUCUAGCUCCCCAUAACCACACUGGGACCGAGCCUGCAAGUAAAGAGAAUAAUAAUGAGUUUCACUCCACCUCAUGAACUCAAAUACUUGUUCUUUAAUUUCUUCCUUUCUGAGAUUUUGAACUGAGAUAUAUAUGGGUUUGAAGCAAAAGCUAGCAAUUCUAGUGUGAUGUUCAGUGUCAGUUAUGAUAAAUACCAUCACAUUUUCGAGAAACAGGAUGCUGGAUCCCAACAAUCUCCUAGCUAGUAUAAAACUAGCCAUCCACUUCAUACUGGACUUAUUAGCUCUUCAUCAGCCUCUGCCCAACAAUCGUCAGCUUCAUGGCCGGCCUUAUAUUGCAUUUUAUCUUUCAUUUCCAGUUUGCUUCAAUCCAUAAUCAAGCUGCUUCAGGUUAGCUUGUUAACCUUGUUUGACAAUUCUACAAAACUCAUGGGAUAUGAUGGCAUUCAAAUUCUAGUGUCAAAGCAAAGCCCCCAGUAGACAUGUAAGAUAUAUGCAACGAACUCCGAUCCACAGUUCGAUAUGAUAGAUGCUGCCCGGUAAGAUGAAAGCAUUAUAUAUAUAGAUUGCUUAGCUUUUUUUAGUGUUAAAUUAAAGAAAAGGGUGAAAAGAUUUUAUCUUUAGUAAUUUUUAUAUUAUGUUAUGAUAAUUUGUUUUGGGUGUGAAAA